AUGUGGUGGGAGGGGGGGGAGGGGGGUGGUUUGGGUUGGGAGAAUGAAUGGGGGGUAGGGCGGUGUGGAUUGUUGGGUUGUGAGAGAGGUAAGGUGAGGGUUGGUGGGUUGAUGGUUGUGGGGUGUUGUGGUGUUGGGAUUGAUAGGUUGGGGGGAGGGGAUGGGGGUGUAAUGUGUAUUUGGGGUGUAGAGAAGAUUUGGGAUGUGGGGUAUAAAGUGGGGGUUGGGAAUGUUUGGAAUGUGGUAGGGAAAGUAGGGGGUGUGGUGGGUUGGGGGAGGGGGGUGGUAUGGGGGAUGGGUGGGAUUGAUGGUUUGGGUUGUUGGUGGGGGGGGGGUGGGAGGGGGUGGUGUGGGGGGAGUUAUGUGGGGGUGGGGGGUAUGAUGGGGGAAGGUUUGGUGGUGGGGUUGUGGGAGGAGUGGGUGGUGGGUGGAGUGGGAGUGGGUGGGGGAGUGAGGAGGUUAUGGGGUUGGGUGGAAGGGGGGGGGGUGGUUUGGGAUGGGGGUGGGGGUUGGGGGUGUUGUGUUGAGGGGGGAUGUGGAUUGAUGUGGGGUGUUGGGGAUGGUGUUUAUGUGGGGGAGGGGUGUGGGUUGGGUUGGGUGGUGGGGUGGGGGGAGGGAGGGAGGGGGGUUAGUUGGGGUGGGUUUUGGGGGGGUUUUGGGUUGUGGUUGGGGGGGGGUGGUGGGUGGUAUGUAAGGGGUAUGUGGGGGGUAUGGGUGGGGGGGGGUUGGAUAGUUGGGUGUGGGUAUGGGUUGUAG